AUGGUGGGUUGCACGGACAUUCUCGUUGCCCAUGUGCGCACCCUUGCCCACCCGAACAGGCAGGUGCACCAAGCGGCUGCGCAGCCCUACCAACCUACCGACGUCGAGAAGAACCACGAAGAGGAACUCGAUCAACAGACCGCUCUCACCAAGCGUCACGCCGACGAGUACGCGGACGAGAAGCAAUCUCGUGUUCUUCUACUACAAGCCGCCGCAUUUCGUCACAAGCUCAGGGAUGUUGAGGCCAAACACGCCGCAGACCUCAGGGACGUGGAGAUCAAGCACACCACAGACCUCAAGGACAUGGAGACCAAGCACACCGCAGGCCUCAAAGCAGCUCUGGAGAAGCAGAGACGGGAGUUCGAGAUCAAACACGAGGAUCUUAAGCGCAAAAAUGAGGCUGACCUCGGAGAAGCACACAACAAGUCGAGCGAAGAGCUCGCGAAACAGAAGAGUGUUCAUCAGGCGAUCGUAAAAAGACUCGGGGUCACUCUUCAAAGCGCUCUCGGCGGAGUUGCUGAGCGCAAGGGUAAAUGGUUUCGACCAGCUAAGAAGAAUGUCAACUCCGAGAUGGACGGCCUGGUCUUCACCAUUGGAACUAUGACAGAACUGUUGGAUCGUAUAAUGGCACUUCUGAUCGAGGUGAGCCAGCAGCUUGAAUUGGGCGAGGACUAUCCCGGAGAAGAGUUCAUGCUAGCCCGAGUGCUCGGCUCCAUGAGGAGACGCAUACUUGCCUCAGAGAAACUAGAAAUGGGUCUACACCACCAGAUCGACCGACGAGUGCCCGACAUCCUUGAAACAGCGUUGCCCUCAUCUACAAGCAUCGAGCUCAAGCUCGACCUAUUGUUCGACCGUGUCAACGCUGCUGUUCGCGAUCAGAAAAGUGCGGCGCAUGAUCAGCAAAAUGCGGCAGUUGCUGCUCUUGAGGGGGUCUUAGACGCCUACCUCCAAGAUGCAUGCACUAGUUUGGACCACCCCAAACUCUACGACGGCAGUACACAACAACGAGUCAAGACAUUUCUGGAGACAUUUGUCGCUCAGUAUCGCAAAGACCAGGAUGUCUGUAGAGUGCUCUUAGAUGAGCUUCGCAUUUCCGCGAGCAACAAUUCUAUGAGCAUUUCUAGACAUUCUCAACGAUUCGACAUAUGCUUGCGUUCUUACAUCGACGCCGUUGACGCUAGGCUUGCGGCACAAGAUACUGCCCCGCUUCGGCUACGAAAGAUUCUAUACCAGUUCGUCCAAGACGCGUUUGUCGCUGCGGGAGUCUCCACAGACAACUGGCCUCACACUUACGAGGAUGACGAUGCAGUCAACGUCGUGACCGUGGAAGGGUUCAUCGCCGAGCGUCUGGGCGCUUUCCAGCGAGGGAUCGAGCAGCAGCGUCAAGAGGCCAGAGAGGAGGGUGACCAGUCCAUUCGGGAAGGAAGUGAAGCAAUGAAUGCGCUAGUCAAGCGUGUUGGUGGAGGCGAAGCAGGGUGCGUCCCUACUAAGAGAGAGUACGCUGCCUGGAUGACAACACGCCGGAUCGUCAUCGAGGAAGGAAUCAACAAUCUCGAAAAGACUGCCGACGACGCCGUCAGCGCGUGCAAGCGGACAACUUCGGCCGUCGAUGAUGUAUUCCAGGACCUAUUCGACGCGAACAAAGUCAAUAAGCCGGAAUGGAAGAUCAGCAAGGCAAUCCACAAGGUCACGAAUUUGGAGGAGAUCGAAGCAGCCGACAACGCGGUUGCAUUCUUCCGGUCGCUGCCCGCCAAGUUGGCGCUGGGUAUAGUCGGCCAGGAAAACGAUUCCCUACGUCUGAGAAAUGAAGUGCUACAGCUCAAGCUCGACCAAAACCGCAUCAUCUCAGGUCACACGGACUUCGUUCGACGCGUGUACGAGGAUAUGGGACUAGAUGUGAGUCAGUGGAGGCUCCCUACACAAGACGAUGAUGCGGUUGUCUUCCAAUCUUGGCUUCAGCAACGACAGGUCGAAAUUGCCAGCAGGUGGAAGGCAGAGAUCAAGGCUCGUGAAGAGGCUGUUGAGGACUUUCAGCACUACAACUACGGCGUGCUCAUCCAAUGGAUAGGACACAAGUUCUGGGACCGCAUACAAGGAUUGCAAUUGCUACUCGACAAAGACGCCAAACUGGAGCCACUCGAUAUUGACGAGACAUUUUCUUCGUGGGAAGUCAACAGGAAGAAUAUCAAGGUGAUGUCAGAGUGGCUUGAUGACGCUGGCGUCUGGCUUGAGAACAUCAUCCGAGAGAGAUCUUCCGAUGCGAUGAUCAUCCUUAAUCAGCUACGGAAAUGGCGGGCCGCAGCUAAAGACGCGGGCGAUCGGAUGAAGGAUAUGCGACGCACUAUCGCAAUGGCGAAGAGGGCUGUAUUCAGGCAGGAUAAGACUAUCGCUCAGCUUCGUACGGCUUCCACGUGA